AUGAGUAGCGAAUUGGCAAGCUUGGAGGCGGAAGAGAAGGAGUUCAGUCGCCAGCUCGAAGAAGUGGAGUUGGGACUCCAGGCAGAUCCAGAGAGCGCCGAUCUGCGAAAUCUCAAGGCCGAACUCGAGCAGCUGUUGACCUUGCAGCGGGAUACAAUUGCAGAGCUGAGAGCGGCAGAGACAGAGAGACCGGGACCGAGGACGCAGAGACCUUCGACGCCGCCAGCCAAGGAGAAAUGGUCCAAGGAGAACCAUCCGGCUUACCAGGCCGGUUACCGCAAACCGACGGCCGCUCCACAGAGCCCGGUUGAGGAAGCGCAGGCGCCGACGAAGUACAAACCGAACGACAUGGUGAUGGCGAAGUGGAAGACCGGUGACAAAGGCUUCUACCCCGCCCGCAUCACCUCAGUCACCGGCUCGGCGGCAGAUCCAGUAUACUACGUCACCUUCAAGGGCUACAACGACGUUGAGACGCUCAAGGGCUCGGAGAUCAAGCCGAUGUUGAACGAAUCGAAGAAGCGCAAGGCUGACGGGACUGCAGUCGCGACAGCGCCGGCCGCCACAAGCGGAAACUCUAGCGUCAUCUCUGCCGCCGCAAGUAUCGACCCUGCGCUUGCAAGCCAAGCACGUAAGGAACCAAGCAAAGUCAGCGAUGGACCGCCGAAACCUGCCAAGGUCCCGCGCAAAGUGAAGGCAAACAAGGAGUUAGAGGCCGGUAAGAGCAAAUGGAACGAUUUCCAAACAAAGGGCAAGCUGGGGAAAAUGGCGAAGAAGGACAGCAUGUUUCGGACGCCGGAAGGUGUUAAUGCCAGAGUGGGCUUCACAGGUUCUGGCCAAGCAAUGCGAAAAGACCCUACUCGGAGUAGACACAUCUACCAGGUCGACGACAAUGAAGGCUAUUGA